AUGGCAUCAACACUUCACUGGUCUCGAACUCUUUUAUUAGCGGUGCUGGGCACCGCUACAGCAUCUGAGUUUCAAAUUCCUUUAGUGGCCCAGAAACCUCUAGGGGCAGGAAACGCGCUUACCAAACCGCUGGUCAAUACCGAAGACCUGCAGGCAAGCAUCAAGAUUGAGAACCUUGUUGAACGCGCCAAGAGCCUAUAUAGCUUCGCAGAGCUCUCAGAACCAGAGUAUGGACACCCAACUCGAGUUAUUGGAAGCAAGGGUCACAGCGCCACCUUGGAAUAUAUUUAUUCUGCCGUAGAUAAGCUUGAUGGUUACUAUACGCUUUCGAAACAGCCAUUCCCGGCUGUUAUGGGAAACGUCUUCGAGUCUCGUUUAGUCAUCGGCAAUGAAGUUCCCAAGUCUGCUUUCCCGAUGUCCUUGACUCCACCUACGACUAACAAACAGCCCGUUCACGGCGACCUGAUCCUUGUGGCCAAUGAAGGGUGUGAUCCAUCUGAUUAUCCAUCUACCGUAACUGGAAACAUUGCUUUUGUCCUUCGUGGAAAGUGUUCUUUUGGUGCUAAAUCAGAGCUCGCUGGCAAGGCGGGUGCUGUGGCCGCUAUUGUAUAUAACUACGCUUCUGGGCCCCUCUCCGGUACACUGGAGAGCCCCACCCCGGAUCAUGUUGCUACUUUCGGUCUAUCAGGUGAGGACGCCGGUCCUAUACUAAAAAAGUUAAAAAAUGGCGAUGGUGUCGAUUCCAUUGCAUACAUCGAUUCAGAAGUUAAAAAGAUCGAAACCACGAACAUUAUUGCUCAGACCGUCGAAGGCGACCCGGACAAUUGUGUUAUGCUUGGAGGUCAUAGUGAUAGCGUGUCUGAGGGGCCAGGAAUUAACGACGACGGCUCCGGUAGCCUUACUCUCCUCGAAGUGGCUACCCAAUUAACUAAAUUUAGCGUCAACAACUGCGUACGUUUCGCUUGGUGGGCUGGGGAAGAGGAAGGACUUCUCGGCUCCGACUACUACGUCGAAGUUCUACCGAAGGAAGAAAAUCUAAAAAUACGCCUUUUCAUGGAUUACGAUAUGAUGGGUAGCCCCAACUUUGCUUACCAAGUCUAUAAUGCGACAAAUGCUGCUAAUCCUGAAGGUUCGGAGCAGCUCAGGAAUUUGUAUGUGGACUGGUACAACGCGCACGGGCUUAAUCAUACUUUCAUUCCUUUCGACGGACGUAGUGACUAUGACGCGUUUAUUCGCCACGGUAUUCCUGGAGGGGGUAUUGCUACGGGCGCCGAGGGUGUAAAGACGAAAGAGGAGGAAAUCAUGUUCGGUGGGAAAGCAGGUGAAUGGUACGAUCCUUGCUACCAUCAAUUAUGUGACGAUGUUGGAAACGUCAAUUCAACCGCUUGGCUACUCAACACUAAGCUUGUUGCCCACUCUGUGGCCACUUUCGCUGCCUCGUUCAAGGGCUUCCCUGAGAGAUCGAACACUACAGUAUUCGAGUCCAGUGAACAGCGUGCCAAAUACCAUGGGCAUCGUCUUAUCCUCUAA